UCUCGACAGUUUGCUACUCAUAGAUAACAUUUGAUAGCAAUGCUUUGAUAUUAAUUCCCCAGACUUUUCAUUUGUUUUAUGCUAAGGAGAUAACGUAUGUAGCCUCUCAAUUAUUUAUUACAGCUUAUUUUUAACUCAAUAACUCAUACUGUUUGCUGUGGCACUUUACAGUACAUAAAUAAGUCCCAUACACAACUGUGCAAAUCAAAGCACAAAGCACAAACAGGGUUAAUAUUUAUUAAUGAUUUUAGAAUAAGGGUUGGCAACACAGUUUUACACCAUAAUAAUAAUAAUCAUCACCAUCAUCAUCAUUAUCAUCAUCUACUCCCAGACGAAUGGCUAACAGCAGACACAUAAUCCUAUGCAUUUUAAAUUAAACCAACCAAUUAAUAUCUAACUACUUAACUGUACCAUAAAUGUUUCAAUUAUUCAAACUCAUCUCCAUAUUAUGAGGAAUAAUAUCAUCUUCUCCUUUUAAUUGGCAUUAGAGUUUUGACAUUCAAUGAAUUGGAUUCAAAAAAUAUUCAAUCAUCACUUCAUCAGUUGUGUCAUUUUCAAGUAAAACAUUCCAAAGGCUUUAUUGAUAUCAAAUAUUUAUGAAUAUUUGCUGUUUUUCUUAGUCUUAGUAAACAGAAUAUCUUUGGGUUUUGAAUAGUCCGACGGAAAAAGCAAUCAACAGAUGUCGUAUUGGGCUCAGAAGGUGAUGUGACAUGGAUUGACCUAUCAAUCAACUAUAUAGCAAUGACGUAAUGCAGAUUAAUCACUAAUGAAAACAAUCAUUGUCAUACUCUGAUCUGAUGGGUUUCUCUCUUGUUGCUGUUGCUAACAUGGGCUAGCUUGCUAACUCCUGACUCUGGCUAGAGGAGAGCGAUUGGCUGGAAGGGCGAGGGAGGCGGGGCUUGGUGACAGCAAUACCAGACAAUGGUGUCAUAAGAAGACAAUAUUAAACAAAAGAUGUUGUGGUCAAAAUAAAAAGCCAUCAUGAAAUAACAACAAAUAAAUUACAAAAUAAACUUUUUUUCUUUUUUGAAAUAAACUCAUUGGGCUAUAUAAAAUUGGAUUCUACUUUAUUCUAUUUUUUAUUUAGUAUCCAGAGACAACAUUUGAUUUAAUUAAUCUAGGUAUUUAUUGGGAUUUGAAUUCUAUAUGUGUAGCCUAUAUCCUUUAUUUAUUGCAGGUCAUUUUAAUUGAAUAACGACAGACAACGACAAUGGUAAUUUAUAGCCCUCUGCAGACCUCCACCUCUGCUGUCCCAGGCUGGCGUCACCAGUCCUGCCACCCUCCCUCGCGCUGUCAAAGGCGUCACCUCCUGCGCCCUCGCCGCUCCACUUCUCUCACUCCGCGCUGCCAUAAAUCACGCAUCAGCGCACCUCAAUGUGUCCGAAAUGUCUGCUCGAGCAAUUUAAUUAACCCGCAUCUGAGCCGCCGUGUUAUUCUAAGCAUAUAGUGUAACUCAAAGGGGCCCUGACCCCGACGUGUCCCGUCCCGUCCCGUCCCGUCCCGCCCUGUCAGCUUUUGGGCCUGCGCUGGAAUCCACAUUAAAGCACAACAGUGGCAACAACAUUGAAGGAAGCAGAUCGUUUUUAAAUUAUUAUAAGUAGUACUAUUAUUAACAAGGUUUUAAUUAUGACAAUAACUGGACUAUGUAUCAAAUUAUUCAUUUGACUGCUGGGCCAAAACGUUCUGAUUAGUCCUCUUGACACGAAUUGUAGAUUAUUUUUAAAUGUAUGAAAUAUACAAAUUUCAGUAAAUGCACUUUAACAGCCCACGUGAUUUGUGCUGGAGAGUUUCGACGUGUAGGAACACGUCCAGCUGCACGGGGCUGCUGUUGUUUGCAGGUUGUCAACCCAUUAAAUUCCAUUAAAAAAAAAAGAGCCCCUCACUCAGGGGCACUCGGAAUCAAAUUAUGAAGAUUGAUUUUGAAUCGCUCUGUAUCAUUCCUCGACCAGGUGAUGAGGGGGCUCUAGGUUUCAGUCAUAUUGCGGAGUGAAUGCGGGCGAUAUCUAAUUACUGGGGAUUAUCCUCACCUACACCUCAUCACGGACCUCGCCCAUGCUAUUGUCCACCGCGCUGAGUGGAUAGCUUUUCGGGGAUUUUGAGUGGCUAAAUGGGGAUUUGACAAGUGUCAACCAUUUAAUAAAAAAAAAAGUAAUGUUAAUCACUAACUUGGUAACUCCUCUCACAUCCAAUCGCAGUAUUAGUAUGAAAUGACAGAAACUGCCAUGAUGACUGUUGAUGAUCGCAGUGAUUGGGAGAUAAUAGCCUGAAUUACAUGACACAAUGGAUAAUCCUGGAUUUCUAAAAAAAGAUCACUAUGGAGCAAAUCUUUUUUUUUUUGUUUAAGGUUUUUUGUCUACAAAUCAAACCCACCGUAUAACAACAUUUUACAGUAUGGCAAUAAACCAACUUACUCUUUAUUGGUGAAAACAUCGAAGCUCUCAUGUGUUUAUACUCUUGUAAAUUCCAGACUGUUUUCACACCAAGUCGUUUCGCAGGGAAACAUCUAUUAUCCUAUUAUCACGACGAUGCCAAUGUCGCCGAUGUGUGAGGCAAUAUUUACAUGACUAUAUACCUUGAGGCCCUGAAAGACUUUAUGGCUUUGUAGUCGCUGUCUUUCCCCCCCUGGGACACUGGUGCCAUUUCCCAAACGUUUCCAACUACACAUGAGGCCUCAUUCAGGGCGCGUAUGGGACCCUGCUAUUUCGGGGGAAGCCAAGUUGUGCAGUGUUGCUGAUGUUAUUUCUGUGACCUCUGUGCAGCAGCCAACUCCAUUUUAAAUCCUCACCUCAUAACAAAUAAAUAAGGCCAAUUUUCCUAUAGGAUAUAAUAUAUUACGCUGUACGCGUAACUGUGCAGCGCACCUGUAUCAGUUACGCUGUACAGUUCCUAUCUUAAUAAACUUAAAUUAAAUUAUUGUAGGAUUGAGUGGUUUUUUUGUAUCCAAUAAAACAUGAACAUGGCCUACUGAUAUAAUCCACCGGGUACAUGUUUCAAUUCGUGGGAACGUGUGUGCGUGUUAAAGCCUGGGAACGACAGGUGAAUGAAUGAGGGGCUGUUUAACUGUCUGCGUCAUUUCUUUGAAGUGCACUUAUGCGACGAUGGCUCCUAUUUGUCUAUGGGACGCGGCAAUCGAUGUCGUCGUUGGCGCAUUUUCACAGCGAAUCGUUACCUGCAGGACAAAUCUGUCAAUCAAAGGGGCAAGGCCAUAUAAAUAUCAUCAGCGUGGGGUCCGGCUACAACUCCAGUCGCCUUCCUCUACUCUUGGUACUCACUUCUGGGAUAGGGACGAGCAGGCCUACGCUUGGAAUACAGCUGCCAUGGGACCAUUCGAUCUCCUCACGGCUGUGGUUUUAUCCGCGUGCUGUCACUUUCAUUUUGCGUCAGCUUGGACAGUGAAUAAUUUUCUCAUGACUGGACCCAAGGCUUUUCUGACCUACGCCAGCAGUGUGCAAGUUGGCGCACAGAGUGGAAUGCAGGAGUGCAAACACCAGUUCGCGUGGCAGAGGUGGAACUGCCCAGAGAACACACUCCAGUUGUCCACACACAACGGCCUUCGAAGUGCCACAAGGGAGACGUCUUUCGUCCAUGCCAUCAGCGCUGCCGGAGUGAUGUACACGCUCACCAAGAACUGCAGUAUGGGAGAUUUUGACAACUGCGGCUGCGACGACUCCAGAAUUGGACAGACAGGUGGCCGAGGAUGGAUUUGGGGAGGCUGCAGUGAUAAUGUGGCUUUUGGAGAGAAGAUCUCCAAACAGUUUGUGGACGCGCUAGAAAAUGGCCAUGACUCGCGCGCGGCAGUGAACCUGCAUAACAACGAAGCAGGCAGACUGGCAGUCAAAGGAACCAUGAGGAGAGCCUGCAAGUGUCACGGGGUGUCCGGGAGCUGCAGCAUCCAGACCUGCUGGAUGCAGCUGGCCGACUUCAGGGAGGUUGGGAACUAUCUGAAGGCGAAGCACGAGCAGGCAAAGAAACUGGAGAUGGACAAGAAGCCUGCGAGGGCCGGGAACAGCGCGGACACUAGAGGAGCCAUCACGCACGCUUUUCGCGGCAUUGCCCGGACGGAGCUCAUUUACCUGGAGGAUUCUCCGGACUACUGCGUGAGGAACCAGAGCACGGGAUUCCAGGGCACCGAGGGGCGGGAGUGUCUGAAGGGCAAUAAGAACAUGUCGCAGUGGGAGAGGAAGAGCUGCGGCAGGCUGUGCUACAAAUGCGGCCUCCGGGUGGUGGAGAAGCGCAUCGAGGUCGUCAGCAGCUGCAACUGCAAGUUCCACUGGUGCUGCACGGUGAGGUGCGACAGAUGCACGCAGACUGUAACCAAAUAUUACUGUGCGCGUAAAGAGAGCGGGAGGAGACCACACAAUAAAACGAAGCAAAGGCACCGCGCGCGCCGGCAAUGAUCGCCAUUUGUUGCAGAGACUUCUGAGUCAAUAUACUCACAUUUUUAUCUAUAACAUCAUUAUGGACAUUCAAUACGCACCGUGCAGUAUGAUAUUAUAUAAUAUAACAAUGUCAUUCUCAACGAUCACACUGCUUGAAGCCUUUUAAUGCACUUUAUCUAUGAUGACUUUAUGUAUAAAAAUUUUAUUUCAUAUUUUGAGGACCAAAACCCUCCAGCAUGCUCAGUGGUUUAUGUUGGUGCUCAUAAGGGAUAAUUACUUGAAUUUGUUUUCUGCGUUUGUAUUCUGUGAUGUAUAUAUGUAUCUCAUAUUUUUUAAAUGUAUUAUAAUUGAAGAUGUUAAUAAAUAUUUUUUUUAUAAUAUGUUUG